AUCACCAACCUGAAGCAGCGCGGCAUGCAGUUCAUGGACGUGCCAUCCAGCUACUACCAGGUGCUGCGGGAGAGGCUGAAAACUGCCAAAAUCAAAGUGAAAGAGAACAUUGACAAGCUGGCGGAACUGAAAAUCCUGGUGGAUUUUGAUGAGAAAGGCUACUUGCUCCAGAUCUUCACCAAACCAGUUCAAGACAGACCCACAGUCUUUCUGGAGGUGAUCCAGCGGCACAACCACCAGGGCUUCGGUGCUGGGAACUUCAAGUCUCUGUUUGAAGCAAUAGAAAUGGAUCAAGAUGCCAGAGGAAACCUGACCAUCUUGGAGCCCAACGGGGAGACCAAGCGCAUCUAG